CGGGCAUUUCCGGAUUCACCGAUAACGGUUGGAAUGUUCAAAUCUUCGAUGCUAGUUUUGCUACUUCUGGCCUGGAGUGGAUACUGAGCUAAGAAAGCAACAGAAGAAGGAGCAAAGAAACUAAAAAAAAGGAGGUGAAGAGGAGCCUGGCUACGGAAUGACGGUGUUGCAGGAACCUGUCCAGGCUGCUGUCUGGCAUGCUCUGAACCACUACGCCUACCGAGAUGCAGUAUUCCUGGCAGAGCGACUCUAUGCUGAGGUCCAUUCAGAAGAAGCGCUCUUCCUGCUGGCUACGUGCUACUACCGUUCAGGGAAGGCGUAUAAGGCCUACCACCUCCUGAAAGGACACAGCUGCACCACGCCACAAUGCAAAUACCUCCUCGCCAAGUGCUGUGUGGAACUGAGCAAGUUGGCAGAGGGAGAGCAGAUCCUGACCGGAGGGGUCCUGAACAAACAGAAGAGCCAAGACGACAUCAUUACUGAGUUUGGAGACUCGGCCUGCUUCACUCUGGCUCUGCUGGGGCAAAUCUACUGCAAAACAGAUCGGAUAGCAAAAGGAGCUGAAUGUUACCAAAAAAGCAUGAGCGAGAACCCUUUCUUAUGGUCUCCAUUUGAGUCUCUAUGUCAAAUCGGGGAGCGACCGGAUCCAGAGCAGAUCUUUAGAUUGACCUCCUUGCAGAAUUUCAGUGGAGGCAGCGGAGGAGUCGCCCCCCCUCCUCCCAUCAGCCCUGCACACACACCUAGUAACAACAUGGGACAUCGACAAGUUGACACUGUCCUAAUGGAGACCCCACAGGACACUUUGGAGCUAAACCGGCUCAAUCUAGAAUCUUCUAACUCAAAGUACUCCCUGAAUACGGACUCCUCUGUGUCCUACAUCGACUCCUCUGUCAUCUCGCCAGACUCUGUGCCAUUGGGCACCGGUGGCUCACUAUUAUCCAAACAAGUGCAAAACAAACCCAAGAGCGGCCGAUGUCUGCUGGGGGGCACGGCCACACUUAGCCCCCUCACACCAAGUUUUGGAAUUUUGCCUCUGGAGCCGAGCCCGGGAGACCCAACGUACCUGCAGAAUUACAGUCACAGUGGAAGUGGGAUGGAACCACCUCCUCCACCUGGCCCUCCAAAGAAGGCUGUCAGUAGAAUCAGCCAAGUGGGGACGAAGUCAGUGUUUGCACAGAGUGGAAACAGCAGAGAGGUCAUUCCAAACCCUUUCAACCAAACUCAGACCACUGCCCCACAGACCAGUACUACACCACAAGUGCUGAGCCCAACCAUUGCUGCUCCCCCAAAUGUGCAGCCACGGCGGAGCUCAAGACUCUUCACCAGUGCCAGCUCCACUGCCAAGGAGAACAGCAAGAAGCUGAAAAUGAAGUUCCCCACCAAGAUUCCUAACCGAAAGACCAAAACGAAAACGGGUAAGGGAGGAAUCACCCCAUCUAACCUGAAUGAGAGCAUCGAGAUCCUCAAGCUUGAUUCUUCCAUAUCAGAAGGAAAAGGCAACAUCAGCUCACCGCAGUUCCAGGCUUUUAAUCUACAAAAGGCUGCUGCAGAUGGGCUGAUGACGUUGAUGCGGGAUAUUGGGAGGGGCUAUCUUGCUCUGUGCUCUUACAACUGCAGAGAAGCCAUCAACAUCUUGAGUCAGCUGCCUUCACACCACUACAACACAGGCUGGGUGCUGGGUCAGAUCGGACGAGCUCACUUCGAAUUGGCUGAAUACAUGCAGGCGGAGAGGAUUUUUUCCGAAGUCCGGCGCAUUGAGAGCUAUCGAGUGGAAGGUAUGGAGAUCUAUUCCACAACACUCUGGCAUUUACAGAAGGAUGUGGCGCUUUCCGCCCUAUCUAAAGAUCUCACUGACAUGGACAAAAACUCACCAGAGCCCUGGUGUGUAGCUGGUAACUGUUUCAGCUUACAGCGGGAACAUGACAUAGCCAUUAAGUUCUUCACACGGGCCAUCCAGGUGGACCCCAGCUUUGCAUACGCAUACACACUAUUAGGGCAUGAACUAGUGCUCACAGAGGAGCUGGAGAAAGCCCUGGGCUGCUUCCGCAAUGCUAUACGCCUCAAUAAACGUCACUACAAUGCCUGGUACGGCUUGGGAAUGAUUUACUACAAGCAGGAGAAAUUUAACCUAGCCGAGAUUCAUUUCAAGAAGGCUUUGAGCAUCAAUCCUCAGAGCUCUGUGCUGCUUUGUCAUAUUGGAGUGGUUCAACAUGCUUUGAAGAAAUCAGACCAUGCACUGGAGACCCUCAACAGAGCCAUUAGCAUCGACCCCAAGAACCCGCUAUGCAAAUUCCAUAGGGCCUCUAUUCUCUUUGCCAAUGAAAAGUACAAGGCGGCUUUGCAGGAGCUUGAAGAACUGAAACAAAUAGUGCCCAAAGAGUCCCUUGUUUACUUCUUAAUAGGAAAGGUCUAUAAGAAGCUUGGCCAGACUCAUCUGGCGCUAAUGAACUUCUCUUGGGCCAUGGACUUGGACCCUAAAGGGGCCAAUAAUCAGAUCAAAGAGGCCAUAGAUAAGCGAUACCUCCCAGAUGAUGACGAACCUGUCACUCCUGAUGACUAUCCUUACUACUCAACAGCGGAGGUGGAGGAGUCACAGGAGAGCAGUAUGACGGACGCUGAUGACACGCAGCUCCACACCACGGAGAGCGAUGAGGUUCUGUAGCCCCCGACACCACUCUGAACUUUGAAACAAUGCCAAUUUGGGGGCUACUUGAAGACUUCAGCUCUGAAAAAGGAGGAAGAAGAAAAAAAGGAAAACAAACUGCUGCUAAUAACAGUACCUCCUCACUUCUGUCGUUUUAUUUUCAUCAUUCGUUCUUGCCUUUUUCCACCCCCUCGUCAUCAUGCCUUAGAGGUCUCUCAUCGGUCUGAUCUUCUGGUCCUGUCUCAUCCCUCAUCGUCACUGGCAGGCGUCCCUUAUCGCAGACAGAAUUCAAGUUCUGCCUGAGCUCAAAUUGCCCAGAUUCGCCAAUGACUCCAUUGUCUUCUCAACAAGUUAAUUGUCAGUUGAAGACUCAAAAAAGAGCCACAGACAUUCAUGGAUGUUCCUGUCUUAAUGCUUAGGCCUUUUAUGUUAUUUUAUCGGCAUUUACUCUGAAUAAAGACCUGUGUAAGAGUUGGUAGUCCUUUGAUUCCUCUCCCCUCCCUUUUUCAUCAAGGAACGUAAUUGCUGGGAGAAAAAAAGCACUUUCUGCCCACAUAAAAAUUUUUUAAAAAGCGUUUGGCAUUAGAGAUUCAAUGUAAACUGCAUAUCUUCUAUCAGAUUACCAUCUGUUUAGAGGAACAAUGUUUUUGAACGUUAACUAGAAAGUACCAGUUCUGGAUGAUGCAGAUCUUUUUCCACCAGAUUUUAAAACUUGUGUGUGUGUGACUGAUGCUCAAGAAGCACUUAUGUUUUUUUUAAAAAUGUUGUCUUAAUCAGAAAAAUUUGCCACUCUCACACUUAUCUGUUCCGCUCUUAUCUACUGUCAAAACAUCCAAAUCCAUGUUUUUUGCCCAGCUGCAAGACAUUGAUUAGAGAAUUGUUGAUUAAAUAAGUGUAUAGGUGGGGUGGUUUUCUUGACACACUUUCAUCUGUGUUUGGGAAACCAGACCACAGUGUCCAAAUUAACAACACUAUUGUAUGGCACAGUGACCAGUGGUCAGACUUCUUGAGACAAUUUUCUGAAAUGUUGGUGCUGUUGAGGACAAUACUGAUGAACAUAGAAAAUGUGCACAAAGUAUCUUUCAUGGAUUUUAUUUUACCAGAACAUGUUUAUUAUUAUAAAAUGUUUUUGAUCUCUGCUAAAUGCUUCUUAUUGUACAUUUUAAGGAAUUAAAAGGUAAUAGAAUAAACAACUUUGACUGAAA